GUUGUAAAGGGAAGCAGCGAAAAAGAGCCAAAUCGAAUGAAUAAAUCAGAAGCAACCGGAGACCCAAUUCUCUGGCAACAAAAGAGAGGCAACAGGAAAAAAACCCCGUCUCAAGCCUGGAUACCGAAGGUCAAAGAGCAGGUGAAGCACACUUUAGAGUUCAUGGUGAAGGAGGAAGACUUAUCUUGGCUAGAAGGAUGCUACGUUGGGGUAGCUCGUUCAGUAGAGAUAAUCCCGACACUACAGGAAAAGUUCUUCAUGGAAGGCUAUUUCUCCUGUAAAGUAAGAGCAAUGGGAGGAAGGCUAGUGUUAUUGGAGGGAGGAGACAAAGAAGAGAUUAAGGAUCUGGUUGAACAGGCAUCUCAAUGGCUAGGACAGUGGUUUUCGGAGGUUAAACCUUGGAAAUCAUCAAUGGUUUCCAGAGAAAGAUUUGUCUGGUUACGAUGCCAAGGGGUUCUAACCCAUGCGUGGAGACCAGAUUUCUUCGCCUCAAUUGGCGUAGUAUGGGGUAAAUUCAUCACUUUGGAUGACAGCACCAGUUUGAAGAAGAGAUUGGAUAUUGGACGACUUCUUAUCUCCACUACAGCAAUGGAGUUCAUUUCGAAGGUCUUGAAUGUCAAGGUUAAUGGGGAGCCUUUCAUUAUUAAAGUUAUGGAAGAAGAGGCCACAAAUGGCAUUUUUUCAAUGAAGUCCGAUCAUUUGUUUAACAUGAGGAGUGACUCUGAUAAUGAUGCUUCGGAAUCAUGGUCUGUGGAUAGCGAAUUUGAUAAUGAAAUAAUGGAGUUCGUCCAAGAAGGCGGUGGGGCUAAGGGGUUUCGGAGCUUGCUGGAUGGAAAGAUGGAAGAUGAUGACGUGGAAAAGGAUGACAUAGAGACAGACACGGAAUCAAGGGGUGAGCUAGCUCAUACCCGUUGGAAGAAGGAGCGACAAACUGGAAAAGAAGACCAGUUUUCGGCUGUGAAUGACGUCUCAAUUAAUGCUGAAGGUUACCAAGAAGAUUUUGCAGAUAGCGGGGAAAAGAGAAAUCAUUUUCAAAACCUCGAAAAUCUUGAUAUGACACCAGCAGAUUGGGUAACAGUGCCUGAAACACAACCAAUCGGUCAAAAGAAACAACAUCGGAGGGAUGAGGGUGUUGAGCCUUACAAGCAUGCAAACCCAAUAGUUCAAGAUGGACGCGGGACCAAAAUAGUCUCAGAAUUAGCCCAACAGGAAGUUAAUGGGCCGGUAGACAGUGGGCCAAAUUCAGUGGAUGUUUGUCACUCGCGGGAGGAUGAGGGGGCUAAUCCAAUAAACUCUAAUUGUGCUGAUGUGGAAGCAACAUCUCAGAAGGACCAAGAGAAGGAGAAUAGUAGCACCGGCUCGAGACUUCCCCAGAUGGCGCAGAAGGAGCCAAGCUUCUGGGAAGGCUUCAUGACAGAAUCAGGAUCUGAAAAAGAGUGGAUGGGGCGAAAUCUCAGGAGGUUAAGCAAGUUGAGGAAAAAGAAAAGCAGAUCCUGCGCGUCGGUAUACAGACAAGGAAGAAGGGAAGAGCGGCGAAGCAAGCCAGAAAAAGGUGCAAAAAGAUCAAAAGAGCGAGAAGCCGAGGUGGGGAGACCAAAAUUCCAUCCGGGAUCCCAAAAGCAAGUCGCAGGCGAAUCCGUCAACGAUAGCGGAAUCGGAAACAGAAAUGAGAUCCUGAAGAGAGCACAGGAAUCGUGUAUCGUGGAAAGGAUCUGGGAGUUUGCUAAGGAAAUUGGAGCAGGUCACGGUGGCAAUGAACAUGAAGUAAUUCGAAGGCUAAAAGACAUGGAGGAAAGGGACAAGGAGCUAUUCAGGAAAUCUAAGGUUAGUGCUGAUGUUUUUGUGGGGACGGAUGAAUCAAAGACAGAGGUGGUGGACUAUCAGCUAUGUAGGUCUAUAUGGGGUGCAGAUAACUUUGAUUGGGUAGCAAAGCCUUCAAGAGGGACUUCUGGUGGCUUAUUAUGCAUUUGGAAUAAGGAAAUAUUGAAGAAAGAAAAAAUAAUUGAAGGGGAGGGUUUUGUAGGGGUGUUCAGCUUUUGGGGGGUUUCGACAACUCCGGUAUAUAUUAUGAACAUAUACUCUUCAUGCGAAAUGUCGGGGAAAAGGGCUCUGUGGUCUAGUCUGGAAAAUUUGAUUUUGGGGACGGGUGGGAACUGGUGCUUAAUGGGGGAUUUCAAUGCUGUAAGAAAUGAGCAGGAAUGGAAUGGGGGAACUUCUAGAAGGAGGGAAAUGGCGGAGUUUGACAGUUUCAUUAGGGAUUGCGGCCUUAUUGAUUUACCACUAAUAGGACGUAAAUUCACUUGGUAUCAGCCAAAUGGAACAGUUAUGAGUAGAUUGGACAGAGUUCAAGGAGUUAGUGAGAAGAACAUGGAGGUCAACAAAGAUCACAGGAUGGCACGGAUACCGUUUAAAAGAAAAACUAAAGGAAACAAAGAAUGUUCUGAAGGUCUGGUGAUGAGCUAAAUUUAUAUACAUAUUAAUAGGGAAUUUUUACUUUGAUUUUAUUGAUAUUUGGAUGAGUUUUAUAGGAUUUUGUUUGAUUUUACAUGGUUUUCAUUUUUUGUGUAGGAAAGGAUUUAAUUGAAAGAAAUCAUACUUUUUAGA